AAAGCAAGGGGAACUGUCCCUGGCUUGGAAGUUCCAACAUCCUCCCUCUGUGAAGAUGUGGCACCUCAAACUCCUUGCAGUGCUCAUGAUUUGCCUGCUGCUACUGGGCCAGGUACACGGCUCUCCAAUACAAGAACUGAAUUCAACAAAGAAAAGGCCACGGAGAAUGACCCCAUUUUGGAGAGGGGUUUCCCUUAGGCCCAUUGGAGCCUCCUGCCGGGACGACUCUGAGUGUAUCACGAGGCUAUGCAGAAAAAGACGCUGUUCUCUAAGUGUGGCCCAGGAAUGAUGGACAUAUCAGCGAAGAAAGGACAGUGGUCACCUCCAACAAUGCUCCGUUCUAUGGAAUAUUGAUUACUGUGGUUUGGCUGGAGACACAUAAGUGAAGCAACCUCGUGUUUUUAAUAUUUAAAGACAGAUGAUGCUUUCAGUUGGUCUCCAUUUAUUCUUAGAGUGUUGAUAAAUGGCUAAGUGUAAGUAAAUUUGUCAAUUUAGAGUUUAUUUUUCUAUGGAUACUAUUAAAUGUCUCGAAUUGAAAUUCUGGCAGUCUGCAAUUCAAGCUUUUGAGGGGAAAGAAUUCACUUUAUAUAUGAUAUGAAAGAGAGCACUGAUUGCCUAACAAUGAAGUGGUAAUUUCUCAACCUGAAAAAUGUGGUGAGAGUUAACAUUUUCUCAAUCUUACAAAGAACACAGUGGCAAAAAGUUUGGCAAUAGCAAUGUAAUCAGCUUGGCAAGAUCGUAAGUUGGGGCCCUGGGCCCUGGCCUUUCACUCACAUAGUGUGUCCUAGAGGGGCCA